AUGAAUUCUCCUGUAUAUAUUUUAUUUACUAUCCUCUUUACAAUUCUACAAUUAAUUUCAAGUCAAGAAACAUUAUCAAUUGAUAAUACUAAUAUUAAUAAAAGGAAAAAACAGGAUUUUUAUUGUGCAGCCUGUAAAUCAAUGUGUGAAACAAUAUUUCGUGAUAUGAAUAAUGUUGAUUCAAACGAACGUGUUCAAGUUGGAUCAUACCGUGUUGAUGGUCAUGGGCAUCAAAAAUUAAAAGAUGUACCAAUUAUUGAAACAAGUUAUCACGCUGAAAAUGUUGUCGAAGAUCUUUGCUCCAAAUUUAUUAAUGAUGCUCGUGAAGUAAUACCUAGUCCACUGAAAAAUCUGUAUGAACAUGCGUGUGACGACAUCCUCGAAGAACAUCAUGAUAGCCUUAUUGAUUUACUUGUAACACAAAAUAAAAGUACAUCAACAUCACGACAAUUAGCGGAACUUUUUUGUGUUGAAAUGAAUCAAUAUUGUAAAAUCAAUCAGUUAGAAGAGCUUUUUAAAUCAUCAACAAUACCAACACCAACACCAUCGCCCCUUGUUGAAGAUAAACAAGAAGAAGCAAAUGAACAGAACAAGAAUGAAUUAUAA